UAUUAGCCCCUCUUUCCGCCGCUUCGUAUUUUUUUCAUUUCACCUCUCGCUCUCGCUCUCGCUCUCUCUCUCUAGCUCUCGUUUCCUCCGCCGCCGAAAAACCCUAGCUCUCUCUCGACGAUUCUAUGCUCCUAUUCGCUGCAAGAAGUUGUCGAUUUCAGUGAUAAAUCUCUGGGUCCUUUGGCUGGCUGCCUUUAUUUUCUACGUUCCACAUGAAUUACUGUGAAUUACUUCGGCAUCGGAGUGCUGAGGAAUUUUUGCCCCGUUGACUGUGAUUGUGAAUGAAGAGGAUUUCUGCUAAUUGUCUCGUGCUCUGGUUUCUCUUCAACAACUGUUGUUAAUCACGUGAAGUUUGUUUCACAUUUCUUAAAGAUGGAUCGUUGUGAUACGUCAGGAUUUGUUAGUGGAGGCUGCAUAUAUUUCUUCAAGAACCUCUACUAUUAACCUCUGUGUUUUGCUCUUGUUUCCUUUACCCCGGAAGUUAAGGUGACUGUUUUUUACCAUUAGAUACGGUUUGGAUAAGAGGGCCUUUGUGCUGCUUGUAGCUCAUGGAUAACGGAUUUAACUUGGGCUUUUCUGCAAACUGCUCUUCCAAUGCAUUUGAGAACUUGAGCAAAGUUGUUCAACUUGGUGCUGAUUAUUGCACGGACACCACUCUACGGCUUAAUUUCCCUGGUGCAUCUGCUGUCCAUCAUUCUACCUCAAAGGGCAUCAAGAGGAAAUGGGGUGCCAUUGAUGGUGCCAUGGGCCGGGAAGAUGGCUCUUCGCUAGUCCUGGGUUUAGGGCAUUCGCCAAGUUCCUCUGAUAGCAAGGGAAGCUCAGGGACUGCUUGCACCAUCUCUUCAGCAAAAGAAACUGAUGAGGAGUCUUCCAUGGAUGUUGGCUUGAAUUUCCAUCUUCACCUUGGUAGUGAGAAGACAACUAGCCCAAAGAAACCUGCAGUUGCUGAUCCUAAAGCUCUUGAAAUGCAGCCUAAGUUUGAUCUCAAACUGAGCCUCUCAACAGGACCAUCUGAAUCUGAAAUCACCAGUGUCACUCCAAGCUCAAUUCAAUGUUGGAAUAAAUUCAAGAUGCCAUUGAUGUUUGGGAUGGUGUCUGGGGACGAAGGAUCGGCAUCAUCUCCCUGGAAAUUAGGAAAAAUUGUGCCUCCUUCAGUGACUACAGAGACUAGCUUUGUUCCAAGUCCAAACUCCAGCAAAGACUGUUUGAGUCCAGCUAUUCCAGACCACUCAUCUUCCAUGGUUUCAACGACAAAAAGUUCAGUCACCUGUACUUCCGGGCUUACUCAGCAACAGCGUAGCUCUAAUACAAAGAAUUGUCAGUUCAAGGGAUGUGCAAAGGGAGCCAGAGGUGCUUCCGGCCUUUGCAUUGCCCAUGGUGGUGGUCGGAGGUGUCAGAAAGUCGGCUGCCAUAAAGGGGCAGAGGGCCGGACAGUGUACUGCAAAGCUCAUGGUGGUGGUCGACGCUGCCAAUAUCUCGGCUGCACCAAGAGUGCUGAAGGGCGUACUGAUUACUGCAUAGCUCAUGGUGGUGGCCGGCGGUGCAGUCAUGAUGGUUGCACCAGAGCCGCGAGGGGUAAAUCUGGUCUGUGCAUCAGGCAUGGAGGCGGUAAGAGGUGCCAAAAAGAGAACUGUACAAAGAGUGCUGAAGGCUUCUCGGGUCUUUGCAUCUCGCAUGGAGGCGGUCGGCGCUGCCAGUUCCCUGAAUGCUCAAAGGGUGCACAAGGCAGCACGAUGUUCUGCAAGGCACAUGGCGGGGGAAAGAGGUGCACCGUUUUGGGAUGCACGAAGGGAGCAGAGGGGAGCACGCCCUACUGUAAGGGUCAUGGUGGAGGGAAGCGUUGCUCGUUUCAGGGUGGCGGUGUGUGCCCAAAGAGUGUGCAUGGCGGCACCCAGUUCUGCGUUGCGCAUGGUGGUGGGAAGAGAUGUGCUGUUCCAGAGUGCACGAAGAGCGCAAGAGGGAGGACUGAUUUCUGUGUUCGUCAUGGAGGGGGUAAGCGUUGCAAGCACGAGGGAUGUGGGAAGAGUGCUCAGGGCAGCACCGACUUCUGCAAGGCGCACGGUGGAGGGAAGCGGUGCUCGUGGGGGCAUCCAGGGUCUGAUCUCGGUGGUCAAGCACCAUGCGAUCGGUUUGCCAGGGGGAAAACCGGGCUCUGCGCUGCUCACAGUGCCUUGGUGCAGGACAGACGGGUUCAUGGCGGUGGAACACUUGGACCCACCAUCCAGGACAUGAAAGAAGUGGGCCUUGAGAAGAUGCAAGUCGAUGGCAUGGAGAUGGGAAAUAAUGAGGGGAAUUUUGUGGGUUGGAGCGGUUUUGAUCCAAGGAGAUGCAUGCACCCAGCAUUCUCUAUGCAGCCACAGCCGCAGAUUCAUCUGCCCACUGGGAAUUCAAUCCCACCAUCCAGUCCAGUUAUCCUUCCGGAAGGGAGGGUGCACGGUGGAAGUCUGAUGGCAAUGCUGGCAAGGGGGACUGGAAAUCAACCAGAGGGUGGUCCAUCCGAGCAGAAGGGGUCUUACAUGAUGGCUCACAAAUGGAUGUGAAAGGAAAUUGGUAAGCAGUGUCUCAUCUCUCAUUUUCGUGUUUGCUCUUUAUUUGGUUCUAGCAGAGUCCGGGUAUGUCCAGGUCCAGUGUCCUAGUUGGCAAGUUUGGUGUUGGUUUGGCUGUGGGAAAAUCAAGCUUUCCCAUUCAUUGGUUAUGUUCAGAACUUAGAAGUCGAUUCGUUGGAUCCCCACCCUUUGUGUAGGAAAUAAGGGAGAAAUGGGUAGAGGGCAGGCUCUAAUUUCCUUGGUAGUUGGGUUUGAUAGGUCUCCUCCCUCCCCUCCCCCUCUCUUCUCUCUGUAAAUAUAGAUAGAUGGUGCAUUGGCGCUCUUGUAAAUACAUGGUUAGUUAGAUCCAGAGUCUGUGGUUAUAAAUAUAUCUGGUUUUUCUCUGUGUUUUGAA